CUCCAAACGUACUUUCUUAUACAAAAAGAAAAAGCCCAGGAGGAUGAAUACAGCCAUGGAGCCUGCCCUAUUUUUAAUCUUAAUUACAGGAAUACUUCCUGACGUCAGCUCAGUGCCAGCUUUAUCUACCACGGUGAUACCUACAACACCAGGACUGUCUCUUAGACUUGCUGACACCUACAACUAUUGUGAGGGACGUGUGGAAGUGUAUUAUGAAGGAGCCUGGGGAACUGUCUGUGGCAACAACUGGGAUAUUAAUGAUGCUCAGGUUGUUUGCAGGCAGCUUGGAUGUGGGAAUGCUGUUGCAGCCCUGCCGUGGCCUAAGUUUGGUCAAGGCUCAGGCAGAAUUCUCCUAAAUGACGUACAAUGCAAAGGAGAUGAAUCCCAUCUAUGGGACUGUGAGAACCCUGGGUGGGGUGUACAUAACUGCAGUCAUCAACAAGAUGCUACCGUUCUCUGCACAGCUGAAAAGUAUAGACCAACUGGAACGGAAUGGGAUGUGGUGUAUCUGCAGCUGGUGGGUGGCCCAAACCAAUGUGCUGGUCGUAUCGAAGUCACUUACUUUGCCAACUGGAGAACUGUGGUUUGCAGUGAAGGUUGGGACAUAAACGAUGCUCAGGUUGUGUGCAGCCAACUGUAUUGUGGCAAUGCUCUUGCUGCCUUGGGUGAUGGCUCUUUUGGCGAAGGACAGAGCGGCCCUUUAAUGACAAAAGUAGAUUGCUCCGGGACAGAAGGCUUUUUAUUCGACUGCCCUCAUGAGUAUCGUCCUGCUACGUGUGGAAAGUACAAAGAUGCUGCUGUUAUAUGCUCAGAUUCUGGAUUAAGCCCAACCGAAAUGGCAGGCCUCCUCUGAAAUA